AUGGCCUCUGGACCAGCCACGCAAUCUCUAAAGUGCGUCGUCACUGGUGACGGUGCAGUUGGAAAGACUUGUCUUUUGAUCUCAUAUACUACUAAUGCUUUCCCUGGAGAAUAUAUCCCUACUGUUUUCGACAACUAUUCAGCGAGUGUUAUGGUAGACGGUAAGCCAAUCAGUCUCGGGCUUUGGGAUACCGCCGGUCAGGAAGAUUACGAUAGACUUCGCCCCCUCUCCUAUCCCCAGACGGAUGUCUUCCUGAUCUGCUUUUCCAUUGUCAGCCCACCGUCGUUCGAUAACGUUAAAGCGAAGUGGUACCCGGAAAUUGAGCACCAUGCUCCGGGUGUUCCAAUCAUUCUUGUAGGGACCAAGCUUGACUUGAGAGACGACAAGAAUACGAACGAUGCCCUUCGCUCAAAGAAGAUGGAACCGGUUAGCUACGAGCAAGCUCUAGCAGUCGCGAAAGAAAUUAAAGCCCAAAAAUACUUGGAAUGUUCUGCUUUGACGCAGCGAAACUUGAAGAGUGUCUUUGACGAGGCUAUCCGUGCUGUUUUGAACCCGCGACCAGUACAUAAACCGAAGGCGGCAAAGAGAUGUAGCAUUCUCUGA